CAAGUUGCCCAGGCAGGCUGACAAGCGGGCGGUUACUCCAUCGUGUUUGCAGCGGCAGGUGGUCAGCGCGCGUCCUCCACUAACCGCACUUUGUGAAUGGGAUUAUAAUUGCAGAGCCUUCAGAGCACCUGGUACUAAUGGACGGGGUAGAAUAACUCCUUUGAAUUAGUUUGAACCUUUUUUUUCAAUCGGACGCGGGAAGUGAAGACGAGUAAUUUUGCUUUUUGAGAAUUUUUGACGGGCUGCGCUUUUCUGCGUACAGCCUGAUCAUUUACAUUUUUUUCAGGUGGAUAUUGUUGCAUUGUCAAUAAUGGCAUUCGCUAGAUUCAGCAAAAUACUCCGUCUGCCUACUAUUGAGAUUAAAAAGAAAGUCAAGCAGUAUGAGCACGUUCAUCGGGACAUCAACCCUAACGAUUUAUGGGAAAUUAUUGGCGAGCUGGGCGACGGCGCGUUUGGAAAGGUCUACAAGGCCAGAAACAAGGAGACAGGAGUUCUUGCUGCAGCCAAAGUGAUCGAGACAAAAUGUGAGGAAGAGCUGGAGGACUACAUCGUUGAGAUUGACAUCCUGGCCAAAUGUGACCACCGCUACAUUGUCAAGCUGCUUGAUGCUUUUUACCAUGACAACAAACUAUGGAUCAUGAUCGAGUUCUGCCCCGGAGGAGCUGUGGAUGCCACAAUGUUAGAGUUGGAUCGUGGACUGACGGAGCCGCAGAUUAAGGUGGUUUGUCGCCAGAUGCUGGAAGCUCUGAUCUACCUCCACAGCAUGAAGAUCAUCCACAGGGACCUGAAGGCCGGGAACAUCCUCCUCAUGUUGGAUGGGGACAUCAAACUGGCUGAUUUCGGCGUGUCUGCAAAAAAUACCAAAACCUUACAAAGAAGAGACUCUUUCAUUGGAACGCCAUACUGGAUGGCUCCAGAGGUGGUAAUGUGUGAGACAAUGAAGGAUGCUCCAUACGACUACAAGGCUGAUGUCUGGUCUCUAGGAAUCACUCUGAUCGAGAUAGCACAGAUUGAACCCCCCCACCAUGAGCUCAACCCCAUGAGGGUGCUGUUAAAGAUUGCCAAGUCGGAGCCUCCCACCCUGGAGCAGCCGCACAAAUGGUCACAGGAGUUUAAAGAUUUCCUGAAGAAAUCUUUGGACAAAAACCCAGAGACUCGUCCGACUGUAGCACAACUCAUUGAGCACCCUUUUGUGAGAAAGGUAACGUCCAACCGCCCGCUGCGGGAGCUGGUGGCCGAGGCCAAAGCCGAGGUCAUGGAGGAAAUCGAGGACAAUAGGGAGGAAGGCGAGGAGGACGACGCCAUGGAGCUCACUGUGUCUCCAGGAAAGGAACCAUGCCAGACCAGUCAGACCAGUUUCGAAGGAGACCAUUCUCCAACCACCCAGGGCCCCACCAUACCAGUACCUCUACCCAGGAAGGUGGCUGAGCCAGAUACACGAGCAGAGGAGCAGCCAGGCGCUGUUAUGGUGGUGCCUGUUCCUCUACCACGACAGAAUCACCUUCAUAAAGAUCCGGAGGAGUUGGGCGACAAACUGGCUGAUGAAGUCAUUCACGAGUCUGAGAAAUCUGAAAGCGAAGCCUCAACGAAGACCUCCAGCUCAGAUUCGGGCAUUGAGGAUGGGAAGAGUACCCCAACAUCUGAGGAAAAGGUUGCUGUUGAGACCCAAGAGACAGAACAGCCACCGUCUCUCACGGAGCCAACAUCUGGGGAACAUGUUGACAUCUUUAAAGUCUCAAACGACCCUGAGGUGCCCAAGGUCAAGGUGACAGAGGAUGAGAGCAGAGUUGUGGCUAAUGGAGGCUUACCAACUCCCAGCCAAAGUACAACUGUCACUCAUGCACCCAGUCCCGCUCCCUACACCGCUCCCACCCCAAUGCAUACACCCCACUCUGAGCCCAAUGGGAGCCUAACCAAGGGAACCCCAGAGCGGACAUCUACAGGAGGAAAUGCAGAGGCUGUCUCACCUUUUAUCAAUGGCGGGAUUAUCAACAAACGGUACUCUGACUCAGUCAGCGUGGCAUCGGGGAGCAUGGACAUGUCAAUCAACAAGGGGAAUAUCUCAAUGUCUGCACGGGACUUCUCAAGUAAGACUCUGAAGAGAACCAGGAAGUUUGUUAUUGACGGCGUGGAGGUUAGCGUGACCACCUCCAAGAUCAUCAAGGAUGAUGAGAAGAAAGAUGAGGAAAUGAGAUUCUUGAGACGUCAAGAGCUACGUGACCUCCGUCUGCUGCAGAAGGAAGAGCACCGUGCUCAGGCUGGUCUGAACGCUAAACUGGAAACACAAAGAGAACAAAUGCAGAGACGUUUUGACCAGGAUAUGAAUGCCAAGAAGAAGCACUAUGAUCUGGAGCUGGAGAACCUGGAGAAGCACCAGAAGCAGACUAUUGAGAAGAUGGAGGGAGAUCACCAUGUUAAACUCAAGGAAGAGACCAGACGCAUCAAAUUAGAGCAGGAACGCAACCUCAGUAGGUUCCAGGAUCAGAUGAGAAACAGGAAAAAAGAGGUGAAACAAUCUGUGGAUAAGCUGCCGAGAAGUCAGCGUAAAGAAUCCUUGAAGCAGAAGAUGAUGUCCUUCCAAGAAAACAAGAUAAAAGAUGAGGAACAAUUUGUAGCGACUCAGAAGCAUCAUCUGGACACCACGCUGAACAGAAUCAUCACCAGCAACAAGAGAGAGAUUGCAGAGACGGAGAGGGAAUGCCUUAACAAAAAACAUCAGCUAAUCAGAGAGCGUGAAGCUACGAUAUGGGACAUGGAGGAAAAGAACCUUUACGAGAGACACCAGUUAUUGAAGCAGCAGCUGAAAGACCAGUACUUCCUCCAGAGGCAUCAGCUUCUCAAAAAACACGAGAAGGAGCAGGAACAGAUGCAAUGCUACAACCAGAGAAUGAUUGAGAUCCUGAAAGCUCGGCAGCAGCAGGAGAAGAGCCGGAUGCCUAAGAUCCAGCGCGGCGAAGCCAAGACCCGCAUGGCCAUGUUCAAGAAGAGCCUCCGCAUCAACUCAACGGGCAGCUCCUCAGAGGACCGAGAGAAAAUCAAACAGUUCUCUCAGCAGGAGGAACGACGGCAGAAGGCGGAGAGGCUGCAUCAGCAGCAGAAACACGAGAACCAGAUGAGAGAGAUGAUUGGCCAGUGUGAGAGCAACAUCCGAGAGCUGCAGAAUCUUCAGAAUGAAAAAUGUCACCUGUUGAUUGAGAACGAGACUCAAAGGCUCAAACAGUUGGAUGAACAGCACAACCAGCUGAUGAAAGACUGGAGGGAUCAGCUGAAGCCCAGGAAGAAGGCGCUGGAAGAGAACUCGGCAUGAAAAAAAGGGAGCAGGAGGCUUUCUUCAGGAUGGGUGAGAGAUCUGAUUGCCCAAACCCAAGUUCUCCACAUAAACUCUCCAAGUUUGUGCCUUACCAAGACUCUUCCACCACCUAAAAAAUAAAACCUGUGAUGUUGCACAAUAUCGCCUGGACACCAAAACACCCCUUCACCCACAGGUGUUUCCUGCUGCCUUAGUUUAAAUUUGCCACAUCUGUAACGUAUACCCAUCCCACCAUUAGGUUAUUUUAAUGUUUUAGUGAGUUUUUAUGUUUUAAGUAAUGUUUAACAUUUUUUUUAUUUCUUCAAAAAAGUGUUGUGUUUGAUGGGGGUCAAACUCAUUCUGUGCUUCACAUAUGUCAUUACAUAGCAUCUGAUCUGAUUUUCAUAGUGUUUUUGAUUUAUUUUAUUUUGUCAUAAGACCACUUAUAGUUGCUCACUAUUAACACAAAUGGGUAUAAUGAUGCAGAGGUCAUGAGCUGAAUUUACCAUCUAAUAAUCAGUCUUAUUGAAUAAGUGAGAAAAAGUAGUAUUUGGUUUGGCAGAUUUAAUUUUUUUGUCAGGAAGAACGUUUGUCUUUUACGAAAGCUGGUGAGCCAGUACAUAAGCACUUUUUGUUGAACUAUAGGUGCCUUCUUCCAAAUAUCAUUACCAAAAAUGCACCCAAAUUGACUAUUUACAGUAAAAUGUACUGACCUAUUUCUUGUUUUUUUUAACUUGUUCUGUAUGGCUUUGCUCAUCGACCUGUAAUUCCCUAAGUCAAGCAAUGUUAUAUAGCAGUUAUAUUUAUUUUCACUGAAAAAGAGCAACCUUAUCAAGACUAAUCACUGUAAAUGCUAAUUUAAUUGUUCUCUUUUUUUUUUUUACCACCUUUGGUAUGAAGCAUGUGCUUAGUGCUUAUUAUUUUGUAUCUUAUUUGAAAUAGGGGGUGAGGCUCAAUCCUGAUCAAACCUUAAUUGUUUCUUCUUAAUGCUUACUAAAGAAAGAGGUUUUACCAGAGAAGGGACAACUAUUAUGACUUUUUGAUUAUUUGUACUGUUGUAUAUUUUUACUGUAAGUUCAGUCACACUGGAUGGGAAGUGAACUGAUAAAGCCAAAGCAACAUGCUGUUGUUCAAUGAAGGACAUUAGAUAGGGGAUUUAAAUUUGAAUUAAAAAAAAAAUGUAUUAAGUGUCUAAUUGUUAUAUUAUGUGCAGUCAAUGUACUGCGUGCUAACCAAAGUGCAAUAUUCCAUGUCUGUCUUUGCUAAGCUUAAAGAGGUUAAUGUUUUGUUUUACGUUGUCUUCAAUUGCACUGAGAGAUGGAAAUAUAUGUGAAGAGUUAAACUCCAAAAUUAGGGUUAAUACACCUCUUGAAAGAAAGAGCAUUGCAGGGAAAUUCUUCAUUCUUCAUAAUCAUUGAAUAUGGAACAAAAUCAUUUAUUUUUCAUUUUGGAACAUAGCUCUUCAUAUCAUGUUUAAGGGAGUGCAACAAUUCAGUCUGCUGUUAGAUCCCUCCUGAAGUUGAAUCUUAAACCUAAAGAUUGCAGCUGAGGACAAUGUUGCUUUGUUUAGUGAGAGAAAGUGUUUAUUUUAAAUCAAUUUGACCUAGAUAUUUACAUUGAACUGGGUCAGCAAUCAGGUACAGCUUUAUCUCUCUCUCCCUCACAUUUUCUCCAAAGUAUUUAAAUUUGUUGUAAAAAUUAUCUUUUCUGUCAUGUUUAAUGGCUCCGUGUAUGCCUUCCUUUCUGUCACAGUUUACAUGAUAUUAUUUGUAUUGAGGGGUUGUGAGUGUGAAUGAAACUGCAUCAGAAGGAACCACUGUUGUAAAUAAUAACUCUUAAUAAAGGCAGAUUUUCUAAAUA